AUGAUCAUACCAGUAUUCGUCAAUGUUGAUCGGCGUACAGCGCUGACUGUGCCGACGCUGAGGAGCCAAGCAUGGACUCAGAGUGUUGUGAUACUUGUCGUGUCGUUGCUGUCUUUGCUUGGCGCAGGGUGGAUGAUACUCAGUUUCUUUUGCUUCAAAAGUCUGAGAUCAUUCCGUCACCAGCUUAUCCUUGGAUUGGCGCUCAGCGACUUUCUGAUGGCUGCCAACUUUGUCUUGUCCACUACUUCAAAUAUUAGUGGGAGAGAUCUCGCUGCGCCAGAGCAGGCCGCCCUGUGCUCCUUCAGUGGAUUCAUGACCCAGGUGUUCGUCAUCCAGACCGAUUACUGGGUAUUUUUGAUAUCCCUCUGCACCUACUUCGUUCUCGCAGGCUUCAAGAGACCCUCGUCCUGGGUACAGGAUCACCGCCUGAUACUCGCAGCUCUGCCAUGGAUCUUUUAUAUCACCUGGGCGAGCAUCGGGCUAGGAACUGCAGGCUAUGGCAACAUCGGUGCCUGGUGCUGGUUCACAUCCGACCAGAUUCGCCUGCUAGUCAACUUUAUUCCGCGCUGGACCAUCAUCUUCGCAAUACUGUUCAUGUAUGGCAACCUUUAUUACAUCCUUCGUCGGGCACACAGGCGCAUGCUGUCGUUGAGAUACUGUUCAUCAGAGGGUGUAUCGAGGCAAUGCAACGCAGAAAGGCUUCAACAGCCUCAAGAACACCCUGGCCCUUCAGCGAAUCCACAGCCGUCGUCGUCAAAUCCUGCCGAGGCCGAAGAUAGGAGCACCAAGAUGAAAAAUCUUGCACGGCGUAUGCUCCUAUAUCCUCUGGCCUAUAUGCUUAUCUGGUCAUUGCCAACAGCUAUUCGAAUUUACCAGGCGACACGUGGUGUUCGUGCUCCCUUUCCUUUACAGACAGUCGAUAAGUCAUGCAUCGUCCUUCAGGGUUUCAUCGAUGCUGUCAUUUACGGCAUCAACGAAUCAUCUCUAGCUCACUGGCGCAAUUUACUAUUCCCCAAACCAGAUGAGAUUGAGGAGAUACAAUUAGGAUCCAAUAACUACGGGUUCCAUAGCAGAACGGGUUUAAAUUCAAAGACUUUACAGCAGAUGGAAGAGAGAAAUAACUCACUAUCGACUGUUGAGACGGACCAGUUCGAUAGAGCUCCAAGGCGGCCGGACACCAGGGACACGACAUUGGGGGAGCCUUAG